AUCUGAACGUGUGUUACAUAUGGUACAUGCAUUUCCGUUGAAUUCACCAGCACGAUGGACCCGAGAUUAUUGUUUUUCGUGCUGACGAUUGCAGCGGUUCACUGCAAAGACUGGUGGCAAUCCGCAACAUUUUAUCAAGUAUAUCCGCGAUCCUUUAAGGAUAGCGACAACGAUGGGACUGGCGACUUGCAAGGGAUUAUCCAGAAGCUGGACUACUUAGUAGAAACGGGGGUGCAAGCGGUAUGGUUAUCGCCCAUAUACCAAUCUCCGAUGGUUGAUGGGGGUUACGAUAUUAGCGACUACAGAGCUAUAGCGCCUGAAUACGGUACCCUGGAGGAUUUCAAGCAACUAGUUCAGAGUGCUCACGAUAAAGGUUUGAAGGUCAUUCUGGACUUCGUUCCCAAUCAUACGAGCGAUCAGCACGAAUGGUUCCAAAAAUCCGUAUCCAGAGAAGCGGGAUACGAAGAUUAUUAUUUAUGGGUCGAUGGGAAAGUUGGAGAUGAUGGACAGAUCGUACCACCAAACAAUUGGUUGAGUCUUUGGAGAAAUUCUGGUUGGGAAUGGAACGAAGUUCGUCAACAAUACUAUUUACAUCAGUUUUCGUCAAAACAGCCAGAUCUAAACUAUCGCAGCGCAAGCGUCCACAACGAGAUGAAGGAUACAAUGAAAUUCUGGCUCGAUCUUGGAGUGGAUGGAUUCAGGGUUGACGCGGUACCUCACAUCUACGAAGAUGCGCAACUUAGAGACGAACCACUCAGUAAUAACUCUGGAGUUGAUCCGAACAAUUAUGACUACCUGGAUCACGUGUACACCAAGGACCAAUUUGAAACGUUUCAGUUGAUCUAUGACUGGAGGGAUUUUAUCGACAACUACACUGCAACCGCAGGGGGAGAUACGAGAAUUUUUAUGACUGAGAGCGCAACUUCGAUAGAAAAUGUCAUUCUGUACUACGGAACAGCCACUGGGUCCAGGUUAGGAGCACAUUUUUCGUUCAACUUUUAUCUGCUUGGAGCAGACGAAUCUUAUAAACCUGCUGACAUUUGCUCGAGUGUUGUACUCUGGGCCAUUGAUCUUCCCAGUAUAUACACAGCAAAUUGGCUAACGGGAAACCACGAUAAUCACAGAGUCGCCACGCGAGUAGGUCCGAGGAAUGUGGACGGUUAUAACAUGCUUAUAAGCAUAAUGGAUGGUGUCACCAUUACGUAUAUGGGAGAGGAAAUCGGUCAAGAAAAUGGGCAAGUAACUUGCGCCCAAGGCCACGACCCUAGCGCCAUCGGGAACUGCAGCACAUUCGACGACCUUACAAGAGAUUUCGAACGCACCCCUUUCCAGUGGGAUGAUAGUGUUAACGCCGGAUUUAACGAAGGUGCAGAGACUUGGCUUCCGGUCAGCGACAAGUAUAACGAGACCAAUCUCGCUGACCAGCAGAAAAAUAACAAAAGUCACUAUCAUACAUAUCAGAAGCUUAUGAAACUAAAACAAACAAUCGCCAAUCAAGUAGCGAAUGAAACAACUGGGUUCACAAUAGGCGGUUGUGAUGCAAAUGUGCUGUUUUACGAAAAACAGUUCGACGACCUUAAAUACAGGUUGGUAUUUAAUCUGGGACCUCAGCAAGAGACGACCUAUCUCGAUGCAAAGGACAGGUAUACGGUAUUGGUCAGCAGCGUGAAUUCUACUUAUGAAACGGGGCAAAUUAUUGAGGAUUCCCAAAUUGUUCUCGCACCUGGCGAUAGUGUAAUUGUAACAAACCAGUAGGAAUAACGAAAAUCAGUGUAUUAUUAAUUCGUUAAAAAUGUUUUUUAGUUAAUAAAAAAAUUG